AUGCCCACGACUCUUCCUCGCUCCCGCCGACUCGUGCGUCGCAAGGAUCGCAUCGCAUUUCUGUCUUGUUGCCCGAGAUCUCAUGCGCUGACCGUCGACUCCCUCCCUCAGACACUCUCGUUCGGAAGCGCAUACACACAAGACCGAAAUCCGGUAAUCAUGGCUACCAUGGCAGCGGCUUCUCGCGAUAUCCCCCAGGCCUCCUCGAGCCGAGACAACUUAACUGCUGUAGCGGCUCGGAGUGUCCCUGCGACUGUGACACGAUCUCAACCCCUCCCUACUCCCCCCAACUCCAUCUCUCCCUCCCUCCCGCCUCACGGGCUCAAGGCGCAACUCCAGAAGGCCAAGCUUGACCCUAUCGACUCAGACCUGGACCUUCACGAGUCCUCGGACCACGGCCGGUCUGUAUCGCCUGCCCUCGAGGCGUCGGGUGCCAUCACCAGCUCCCUCCUCGCCCGAUAUCACCUGCCAGAGAUCCUGCUCAACUACGGUCCCUUGGCGAUCCGACACAUUAUGGGAUACCUGACCACCUCGGUCCCCGGGUUCUCAGGGAUCCCCCCAACAAAGGCGAGGCGACUGGUCGUGGGAGCGUUGGAAGGUCGGGGAGGCGAAGGAGGUGGACUGGCUGGAGAGGUGGAAUUUGAAAAGGUGGGAUGGGGACGAUGGGAUGCCCGCCAGCGAGGACAGCCGGCGCGACACCGACAGGGAACGCCCCCUUCGUCCUACGGAGCAGGCAUCCCCAUCUCCAAGAACGGCGGUAGAGGACAGGAUCGGGCCCGACUUAUGGCGUCUUCGAGCAACGGAGAUUCGGUCAACUUCUCCCACGAUGAUGACCACGACAUCUCCAUGAUGGAGCAUGAGGCGGACAAGAUGUCCAUGGACGGAUACGCGUCAGCUUCGUGCUCUGAGGCUCCGGAGGACGACGUCGUCAUGAACGACGACCCUGAGGAUGCGACCGACGACGAGGACUGGGCAGCGGUGGGGGCCGCUGCUCUCCGAGCCGAGUCCUACCCCAACCAGGCUGCGGCCCAGACGGACCACGGCUUCGUUUCUUCUUCUGUAUAUACACCAGGUGGACUUCGCUCCUUCUCCGCCAGCUCCGGCAUGGCGCGCCCACCUCAACCAGCACAUAUCGACUUUUCGGCGUUGGCGGGUACCUCUGACGCACAGGAGCGGGAGGCCGUCGAGGCCCUUCUGCGACUCGGUUCUGUAUAA